AUGCUAGGGAACUUGGAUAAGGGUGAGAAGAUUGCUUCCUCGUUCCGCCCUUUCUCCUCGUUCCGCCCUUUCUCCUCGUUUCGCCCUUUCUCCUCGUUCCGCCCUUUCUCCUCGUUCCGCCCUUUCUCCUCGUUCCGCCCUUUCUCCUCGUCCCGCCCUUUCUCCUCGUUCCGCCCUUUCUCCUCGUUCCGCCCUUUCUCCUCGUUCCGUCCUUUCUCCACGUUCCGCCCUUUCUCCUCGUUCCGCCCUUUCUCCUCGUUCCGCCCUUUCUCCACGUUCCGCCCUUUCUCCUCGUUCCGCCCUUUCUCCUCGUUCCGCCCUUUCUCCUCGUUCCGCCCUUUCUCCUCGUUCCGCCCUUUCUCCUCGUUCCGCCCUUUCUCCUCGUUCCGCCCUUUCUCCUCGUUCCGCCCUUUCUCCUCGUUCCGCCCUUUCUCCUCAUUCCGCCCUUUCUCCUCGUUCCGCCCUUUCUCCUCAUUCCGCCCUUUCUCCUCGUUGCGCCCUUUCUCCUCGUUGCGCCCUUUCUCCUCAUUCCGCCCUUCCUCCCCAUCCCCCACUGUUCACCCCACGGUUUCCCCAUCCCUUACUAUUCACCCUCCGCUCCCCACGCGCACCAUCCCCCACUUAUCCCUUGUAUUCACCUCCCCCCACUGCUCCCCUCUAUUCACCUUCCCGCACCUCUGCACUCGUCGUUCCCUCCCUUGCUCUGCACUCGUCGUUCCCUCCCUUGCUCUGCACUCGUCGUUCCCUCCCUUGCUCUGCACUCGUCGUUCCCUCCCUUGCUCUGCACUCGUCGUUCCCUCCCUUGCUCUGCACUCGUCGUUCCCUCCCUUGCUCUGCACUCGUCGUUCCCUCCCUUGCUCUGCACUCGUCGUUCCCUCCCUUGCUCUGCACUCCUCACAACACAUGCGUGCCAUCCCGCCAGUCCCUCACUCACACCACACUUGCCAUCCCGCCAACCCCUAUGCUAAAACCUCUCCUCUCCUCUGUUCACCUCCUCUCCUCCCCUCUGUUCAACUCCUCUCCUCCCCUCUCUUCACCUCCUCUCCUCCCCUCUCUUCACCUCCUCUCCUCCCGUGGUCUGUUCAACUCCUCUCCUCCCCUCUGUUCACCUCCUAUCCUCCCCUCUGUUCACCUCCUCUCCUCCCCUCUGUUCACCUCCUAUCCUCCCCUCUGUUCACCGCCUCUCUGUUCCUCUGUUCACCUCCUCUCCUCCCCUCUGUUCACCUCCUCUCCUCCCCUCUGUUCACCUCCUCUCCUCCCCUCUGUUCACCUCCUCUCCUCCCCUCUGUUCACCUCCUCUCCUCCCCUCUGUUCACCUCCUCUCCUCCCCUCUGUUCACCUCCUCUCCUCCCCUCUGUUCACCUCCUCUCCUCCCCUCUGUUCACCUCCUCUCCUCCCCACCACUUGCCACCUCUGCCACAAUUUCAGAACCCGCCACACGCCAUCCCCUCGCACCGGCCAUCCCGCCAUCCAACCUUCAUCUCCCCUGCCCUCCUCUCUCCGUCCUUUUCCUCACCUGAAGCCCUUCCUUCUCUCUCUUCUCUCAAACGGUCCUUCGUGGUAAAGGACGGGCUGGGCUAUGCAGCCGAGGUCACGCCCUCCCAGUUCAACAUGUUGCAUCCCUUCCCCCUCGAACGGUCCUUGCAUUAA